AAAUUCAUUGAGUUUGAAGAUUCUCAAGAACAAGAGAAAAAGGACCUACAGACAAGAGUGGAAGCAUUAGAAUCACAAACUCGACAGCUUGAACUAAAAGCAAAAAACUAUGCUGAUCAAAUUAGCAGACUUGAGGAGAGGGAGGCAGAACUCAAGAAAGAAUACAAUGCACUUCAUUCAAGACAUACAGAGAUGAUUCACAAUUAUAUGGAGCACUUGGAAAGAACCAAACUUCAUCAGCUAACAGGGGGAGAUCAGCUAGAAUCCACAGCACACAGUAGAAUUAGAAAGGAGCGUCCGAUAUCACUGGGCAUCUUCCCAUUACCUCCAGGAGAUGCACUACUUACGCCCGAAACGCAGAGAGAAGCGGGGGAAACGCCUGGGUCAGAGCACUGGAAAUUCCAUGAGCUAAGCCAGCCACGGUCCCACACAAGCCUGAAGGAUGAGCUCUCUGAUGUUAGCCAAGCAGGCUCAAAAGCUACUACUCCAGCAUCCACAGCUGCUUCAGAUGUGCCUGUACUGCCUGCUGAAACUCCUCAAAAGGAAGAUGUUGAAGGACUUGCAAAGGGAACAGACAUGCUGAAUGAGAAGGUGGACGUAAGCAAGAACAUUGAAGUACAGGUAGCACAAGAGACAAGAAAUGUGUCUACUGGUGGAAAUGAAAAUGAAGAAAAAUCUGAAGUUCAGGCAAUCAUUGAGUCAACUCCAGAGUUGGAUAUGGAUAAAGAUCUCAGUGGAUAUAAGGGUUCCAGCACUCCUACCAAAGGCAUAGAGAACAAAGCGUUUGACCGUAAUACAGAGUCACUCUUUGAAGAGCUGUCAUCUGCUGGUUCUGGCCUAAUUGGAGAUGUGGAUGAAGGUGCAGAUUUACUGGGAAUGGGUCGUGAGGUUGAAAACCUUAUUUUGGAAAAUACUCAGCUGUUGGAGACAAAAAAUGCACUGAAUGUAGUGAAGAAUGAUUUGAUAGCAAAGGUGGAUGAAUUGACCUGUGAGAAGGAUGUACUACAAGGUGAAUUAGAGGCUGUAAAACAAGCAAAACAAAAGCUUGAAGAGAAGAAUAAGGAACUGGAAGAAGAGCUAAAAAAGGCUCGUGCAGAAGCAGAGGAAGCAAGACAGAAAGCUAAAGAGGAUGAUGAUAGUGAUGUCCCCACCGCUCAGCGGAAGCGUUUUACUCGUGUUGAAAUGGCCCGUGUUCUGAUGGAAAGAAAUCAGUAUAAAGAGAGGCUGAUGGAGCUUCAGGAAGCUGUCCGAUGGACUGAGAUGAUAAGAGCAUCAAGAGAAAAUCCAGCCAUGCAAGAAAAGAAGAGAUCAAGCAUUUGGCAGUUCAUGCCAGCUCGUUUUAGCAGGCUCUUCAGUUCAUCUAGCAAUACAGCUAAGAAACCAGAACCUCCUGUCAAUGUUAAAUAUAAUGCUCCAACCUCACAUAUUACUCCAUCAGUCAAGAAAAGAAGCAGCACCUUAUCUCAAUUACCGAGUGACAAGUCUAGAGCCUUUGAAUUCCUCAGUGAAGA